GCCCUGUUUGUUGGUUUCGCUCACUUGCAAAUAUUUGAGUUCCGGUGCUUUGUGCGAUUGGCUGAGAAUACGCAGGAUGUGUCGUUUGGAACGGUCGGGAAGAGACGGGAAAACGUGUUUAAUACAUUCAAAGUGUUUCACAGAAAAUGCCUGCUGGUGUGUCCUGGCCCCGCUACCUGCGGACGUUCGGAGCCAGCAUCUUCGCCAUGUUUGCCGGGGCACAAGCGGUCCAUCAGCAUUAUAGACCUGACCUGACCAUUCCGGAAAUUCCACCCAAACCUGGGGAACUGCAGACUGAACUCCUGGGUCUGGGACAGAGCAAGAACACUCCUUCCCAAAACUGAUUCUCUCCCGAUUCCCUCCCUGGAAAAUUGUCAUGUAUAUAUGUACAGUUUGGAUACAAUGUGACCCAUAUUAAACAUGAUUGGAUAUUUA